AUGACCGAGCAGAUCACUGCUUCGUCACCUCCACAAAAAGGGCUCCCAUAUACCCUUGAGGAGGCACCUGGUGUCGUGCAACCAGUCCAAACCCACAGGUUGUUGCCCAUCAAGAACUCCUUAGCUACUACCAGAGACACCCACCUGCUCACCCAGAAGACGUAUUCACCAUCCUACGGAUCGACAUUGAACCUACAUAAACAGCAGAAAGCGCGCAAUCACCCACCAGCGAACAACCACUUGAACUCCCUGAAGUUCAUUGAAGUCCCUAUGGCAAUGUUCACUCAAGAAGACAUCAAUCAGUGCGUCGCUGUCGCCCUCGUAGCAUACCAAUUCCAACAGUCAACUACCAACCGACCCCUUCAUCUCGACAUCCCCACUCCUGAACCCUUCAGCGGGAAGGCAGAGGACCUCAGACGCUUCAUCCAAUGCAUCCUCUCCUAUUUCGUCGCCACCAACAACACCCGACUCAGCGAUGAAGCAAAGAUCACCUUCACUGUAGCGCUAAUGAGGAAGGAUCUGGGGAAAACAUGGGCGGACGUGUAUUAUGAGAAGUUAGCAGGGGGAGUCCAGGUCUAUUCCACGUGGGCAAAUUUCGUCGCCGCCCUAGAAGAGGCGUUCCCUGAGCACGGAACACAAAUUAAGGCACAUCAAAUCCUGAUGAAACUGCCUGAACGACAGAGGGAUAGGAAGACAGCACUCUCCCUCGGUAACUACGUCACCCGCUUCGAGCAGCUGGCAUCGAAGGCUCAGCUCAAGGACGCCGAGGUCAAUGGCACCAACCGCACUGAGAACGACUACCACACUCUCCAUGCCAACUUCGUCAAGGGACUCCUGAAGGGAAGGACGACUUCCACGCCAGAAUCAAGACACUCUCCGCUGACGAGAAGCGGGAGCUGUACGAAGAACUUACGAUGGAGGAUUUUUGAAGGGGCAGGGUGA